AGAUUUUCUCCAAAACUUCCUCUCUUUCCUUUUCUAGGUUUAAGCCUCCGUAUAAUGCGACAGGGCAAUUUGGAAACCCUCGUUUCCGCCUUUGACAACAAAAUUGUCUGCGAGACAAUAACAAACACUGAAGGAGACUCCUCCGACGGCCGCAUCCACACGGCGGAGAAGCCUCUCGAAGAAGAAAUCCCACCGGAUUUCCCGCCAGAAUCGUUUUUGCUAUCAAAAGACGCCGAGCUCGAUUGGGUCGACAGCUACGCUUUUUACGAACGGAAAAACUCGCAGAAACGGAACUCUUUUUCCAACUCCACAAAUCUUAAUCCUAAUCCGAACUUAGUUCCCAAUUCUCAACGCUUUUCUUUAAGGAAAUCUAAACCUUCCAUCCUCGGAUUACCGAAACCGCAUAAAUCUUGCUUCGUGGACACAAAGAACAGGAAGAAUACCAAGCCUGAAAAUUCUAGAUUGUUUCCUAAACGGUCCGGCUCGGUUAAAUUGGAUCCGCCCGUCUUCGAACCAUCUUCCCCUAAGGUUUCUUGCAUGGGAAGAGUGAGAUCGAAACGAGACCGGAACCGCCGAUUUAAAAAGAACCGCCAAAAAUCAGCCGGAGUCGAAACAGUUAAAAACAAAACAACAAGAACGGGGAGCGGUUUCUUUUCGAGUUUUCGUGCCAUAUUUGGGUGCAGUGGUAAAGCACGUGAACCUCACACUCUUCCAGAAACGGUGUCGUCGCCAGGGGACAGUAGCAUCAGGUCCCGAUUGCCGGCGGAUGCAGGCGACUCCACAUUAAGUUCAGAGACUGAAAUUGCGGAGACUGGACCGGUCAAUAUAGGUGGAAUGAAGCGGUUCGUAUCUGGUAGGAGAUCCGAACCAGCUUGCUUAGUUUGUGGUGAGCCAUAGGAAAGGGUCUGCAGUCGUGGUGGGUAACUUGUAGGUCCCACCUGGUGCUUAAAAUAUCUCCGGUGGUGACGUGGAAGGAUUUGCCGACGCUUUGUGGAGGUAAAAACACAACAUAAUUUUUCCAAUUUCCACGUUUUAUUGAAAAUUUG